UUCUUUAAAUCCUCUUUGACUAGAAAAUAAAAAAUAAAAAUCCUAAUAAGGGAUAAUUUUAUACCAGCUGCCUCAGCCGUACGCAAUUCACCACAGCGUCUCGUGGUCAAUCCGAUGUCGCAUUCCGAUCAAAAUCCGGCGAAAACCAGAGUAGUCUGUUGCAUUGGCGACGUCCAUGGAUACAUCACCAAGCUUCGAAACUUAUGGUUGAAUCUCGAGUCCUCCAUUGAGCCAUCGGAUUUCAAUUCCGCUCUCAUAAUCUUCUUAGGCGAUUAUUGCGACAGGGGAUCGAAUAGCCGAGAAGUAAUUGAUUUCUUGAUCAAUUUACCCUCCAGAUAUCCAAGCCAGAAGCACGUUUUCCUCGCCGGAAAUCACGAUUUUGCGUUCGCCGCUUUCCUCGGAAUUUUGCCUCCUCCGGCCGAUGGAUCGGCUUUUAAGGAUACGUGGACGCAGUUCGAGGAGAACGAAAAGCGAGAAGGGUGGUUCAGAGGUAAGGGGUAUGAGAAUAUGCAUUUGCAAGGGAGAAGAUGGGGUGGGAAAAUUACGGUGAAAACCAAUUUGGCGAAGGGGACUGAAUAUCAGGGUUCCAUUUAUGAUGCUGGACCGACAUUUGAGUCCUAUGGUGUUCCUCAUGGCUCUGCAGAUUUGGUCGAGGCAGUGCCUGAUGAACACAAGAAGUUCCUUUCCAAUAUGGCUUGGGUACAUGAAGAGGAUGAUAUCUGUUUGGAGACAGAGGAAGGCAUCAAACACUAUAAAUUGAUAGCCGUCCACGCCGGUUUAGAGCGAGGGAAAGAUGUUGAAGAACAACUGAAUUCCUUGAAAGCCAAAGACACCAAAUCACCCAAGAUAGAGUGCCUUAGUGGGAGGAAAAACGUUUGGGAUAUCCCAAAUGCACUGUCUGAGAAGCCAACAAUCGUUGUAAGUGGACACCAUGGUAAGCUUCAUAUUGAUGGCUUAAGACUCAUCAUUGAUGAAGGUGGUGGCCUAAAAGAUAACCCUGUAGCUGCCAUUGUGCUUCCAUCGAUGAAAAUUGUGCGUGAUAUUGAUAACACGAAACAGUGAUCGGUGUCGGGGAAGCGGGCGAGCGGGCGGGCGGGCGGGCUUAAUAUUCAUACCCAUGAAACGAUAUUUGUUAUUCAAACGAGCGGGCGGGUAAGAGUGUAAUUGUAUUUACUUUCCUAUUUACUUAGAAAAAUCAUGUGGAAAUUGAAAGGGUCAUUUGGAUUUAUUAUUAUUGGCACAGCAUAUUCCUUCUUUGUUCUUGAUUUCCAUUAAAGAAGAUAUGGACACUCGAGUUCUCUUUCAA